UCAAUACAAUGAAUUAAGUUCGUUAAUAAAAUUCAAUAGUUACCUACCCAAACCUUACGUAGAUUUUGAAACGUCAAGUUGUAAAAAAAUUUCUAGUGAUUAAAACCACUUUUUCAUUACGUCAUUGUCAACUGAGCACAAUAGAACACAGAUAUUUUUAAUUUUGCAGAAAAAUGAAGUGGUUUGAAGGUAGUAUUAAUGAGGCAGUGGCAACAUCAAAAUCUAGAAAAGCAAUUUUUGUUGUAUUCAUUGAAGGAAAAGAUGACACUUCUGCACGGGUUGCAGAAGCAAUCAAUGCUACAGAAGUUUCUUGUCGUUUGGAACAGGAAGAUUUUGUAGCAAUAAGAUUGGAAAGUGGAUCUGAGACUUACAGAUUUUUUGCUCAGAUUUAUCAAUUGGUACCUGUACCAUCCCUGUUUUUCAUUGGCGAUAAUGGUACACCGUUGGAAAUUAUUGCUGGCAGCACAACAGCAGCUGAUUUAGCUACUAAGAUUGAUUUAGUUUUAACAAAAGCAGGAAAAAAUAAAAAUGCCUCCCUUGAUAUGAUAGAUGCAGAACAAAAAGCUACUGCUGCCAGCAAUGCUAAUAAUGUUAAUAUAAAAAUUGAUAUAGAUAAAAAAAAUGAUAGCAUAACAAAAUCAAGUGUAGAAGUACCAUUAACUCAAGCUACAUCAGAAGAUAAAAGUAAUAAUAUAAUUAAGAAUGACAUUAAACAAGAACCAUCCACAAGCUUGAAAACUAAUGAGUCACCAGAGCCAGUCAAUGAUACAAAUGAGACAUCGAUCAAAGAAUUAACACCAGAAGAAAAAAUUAAAAGAGCACAGCAGCUAAUAGAGUUACAAAGAAAACAACGUAUAGAAGAGGAAGAACGAAAAAAUAGAGAAAGAGAAAUAGAACGGCGCAAAAUCGGUCGCGAUAUGCAAAAAAUGCGGCAAAAGCAGCAAGAUCUAGAGGUGAAACAAGCUUAUGAAGAGAGAAUGAAAGAGAAAGCUGCUGAUGCAGCAGCUCGGGAGAAAGUUUUGCAACAAAUUGCUCAAGAUAAAUUAGAAAGGAAACAAAAACAAUUAGCAAUGCAACAGCAACAUGGACAGCAAGAAUGUAAUUCAGAAUCAUCUGAAUCACCGAUAUCCACCGCAACUGUCAGUAGAAUACAAUUCCGAUUGCCAUCUGGCAAUCCUUACAUUGCGCAGUUUGAACCAUCAAGUACUUUGCGCGAUUUACGUACUUACGUUGUUCAGAACAUUAAUUUACCAUUUCGUCAAUUUGCGAUGUCAACCUCUUUUCCAAGACGGGAAUUAAUGCAUGAAGAUGAUGAUAAAACUCUCUUAGAAUUGGAAUUAGUUCCUACAGCAGUCAUUCUAAUCCUGCCUUUGAAAAGUUCGAACGUCACAACAACUGUAACAUCUACGCAAGAUGUUAGUAUCUUGCCACGGUUCGUUUGGUCUACUUUUGCACUUUUCACAGCUGUGUACUACUACCUAAUAGGAUAUAUCACCGGACGCAGAAACAUCCCGAAACAACCAAGUAAUUCUGUUGAAAAGAACGAUACAGAGAACAUUGCAGAAAAUGCAGUUACAGCGAAUCUUCAGAAUGUUGCUAGUUCAUCAAGAAGAUAUUUGGGUAAUCAAGGAAAUACAACCAUCAAAACCGAGGGGAAUGUACAUAGACUACAUUCAAGUGGAGAUGACAAUGAUGAGAAUAAUACAUGGAAUGGUAAUUCAACGCAACAAAUGUAGAUUAUUAUAAAUCAAAGUUCUAACGGGAUUUAGUUUAAUCAAAAUUUUCAUUAAUCAGAACUUUAGAUACAGAAAUGACAAAUUAAAAAUAUCUCCACUUAAAAAUAUAUUUUGUUAAACUUUUAUAUCUUUCUGUUCUAUCGCACUGCAAUCGUCACGAUCAAAAUUACUACUAAAUUAAAUUAUGAUGACACGUCGAAUCACGACUUAUUUUAUUCAAAAAAAGAAAUUUAUUUAUGUCGUAUACUUAUUGAAGAGAAAUAUCUGAUUCUUCACGAUCCAGUAUCAUUUUAAAUGUUAAAUCGUUAAAAUGAUAACUUUAAUUUGUUACAAAUAAUGUAAGGACCAAACGCAGUUAUUUAAUUGCGAUACGACAGAUAAGUUUACAUUCUGAAAAGGACAUGAAAUAUACAUCCUUAUAUUUGUAGUACGAGUAUUAAAUUUAUUGUGGGUUUUAAGUUAUAUUAUAUGUUUUGAGAUUUCUUUGAAAUACAAAUUAUUUUGUUAUAUCACAUUAAUCAAAGUUAUAAUAUAUUUUCGGGUAACAAGAAUUAUAUUAAGGAUAGCAAUCACAUUACAUUUUAUUUUACAAUAAAGAGCAAAAUGUAUCGAUUAUAUAGAAAGCUUUUAUUCUGUUAUUAUAUAAAUAAUAAAAAAAUAUAUAAAAAAUUUA